CACUUUCGGCCUCUUUCCUGCGUAACCGCGAGCGUCGGUAGCCGCUGCUGCUGCCUGUCAACAUCACACAGCCCUAAAAGACAUCUGUGUCCGGGAUUUUUGUUUUUAACUGUUUGUCUUUGACAGAGCACUACAGGUUCUUCACCAUGCCCAUGUACCAGGUAAAGCCCAUCUCUGGAAGUCACAUAAAGACUGAUUUACCAACCUGCAUGUACAAGUUACCAAAUAUCCACGCGCCGCAGGGGAACAGCUACACCUCUGAACACGCGAUUCAGAAUGGCGAGGUGGACCCAGCAGUCAAAGCUCUGGAGGCCCGGCAGGAUGAGAUCAUGAAAAAACUGUACGACCUGAAAGCAGCUGUGGAGGGCCUGGCCAAGACGGUGACCACCCCAGAUGCCGAUCUGGACCUGACAGUCAGCAGCAGCCUCUCCUCCCAAAGCCCCAGCUCCACAACCUUUAAAGGCAUCUCAGACCUGGACACACUACUGGGCAAGGACCUCGGUGCUCUCCGUGACAUCGUCAUAAACGCUAACCCGGCACAGCCACCCCUGACCCUGCUGGUGCUCCACAGCGUGCUUUGCCAGCACUAUCGGGUGCUCUCCACCGUCCAUGUCCACUCCUCCGUUACCAGUGUGCCGCCACAGCUCUUGUCCUGCCUUGGCCCACGCCAUGCAGACAGCUAUGCCCGCCAGAUGUUCCAGCUGGGCUUCACCCUCAUAUGGAAAGAUGUCCCCAAACUGCAGAUGAAGUUCAGUGUCCAGAACAUGUGUCCCAUCGAGGGUGAGGCGAACGUGGCGCGCUUCCUCUUUAAGCUGCUGUCUCCCUACCCCAGCGACCCUGCUCUCGCCACACUGGUGGACAGCUGGGUGGACACAGCUUUCUUCCAGCUGGCAGAGGGCAGUGCCAAGGAGCGGGCUACUGUCCUACGGGCCCUUAACUCCGCUCUGGGCAGCAACCCCUGGCUGGCCGGGCCGGAGUUCUCCCUGGCCGACAUCGCCUGCUAUUGCUGCGUGCUGCAAAGUGGCUCUGCCUCCUCUACUCCCACUAAUGUCCAGCGCUGGAUCAAGUCCUGUGAGAACCUGGGCCACUUCAGCCCUGCCAAGCUAUUUCUGCAGUGACUGGGGCUGUCCCGGGCAAAGUGAGAGAAGGGCAUUAGAAUAUUAAAAUAUCCCAGCCAUGUCUGGAACACCCUCUAAUGCUUUCCUCCCCAAUAUAAUAUAUCACUGAACUGACAAAGACUCAGUAGAAGCAAUAUGGUUGACUGCGGUUAAAGUAACUUAAGAGUAUUUGUCUCUGCCAUGCUGCUUUUGUAUAACAAAGAUAUUCUAAGGCUAUCUUUGCCAGGGAGGAAGCAUAAGAGGACUGUAAAGACAAGGGCUUGGUGAUGGAUUCAAUCAAAGGUACUGACAGAAGUAACACGCACUGUGUACACCUUCCAUCCACUUUGUGCCUAACAUGAUCCUGUUCUUAAUGUGUGUGGUAAUGUUUGGUGACAGGUAUUACUAGGGGUUUUCGAAAGUAAUACUUAGCACCAUUUGUUUUUCUGAAACCAUUAAAACUUCCACUUUGGAUCAAACUUUGAA